UUCCCCACUCGCGUAGAAGAAAGUCUCCCUUUUGCGUAGCGAAUUAAUCCUCUCCUCUCCUCUCCUCUCUUCCCCGCAACAGCAACGUCACCCCCCUCCUCAGAGCCAGUCGGCCACCAGCAGCAUAUAGUAGCCGCCACCAUCCGCAGUGCCAGUACCUCACCUUGUUGCGCGCGCCACUCCCCAAGAACCGGGACGAGCAGCAAGCAACCCCGCCGGCAAUUCUUGGCGCGUGCGUGCACACUUCCUGCUUGUCGCUGUGACUGUGAGUCGCUAGCUAGGGAUCUAUUCUGUCCAUGUCGUGCUGAGUUCUUGGUAUUGGGUUGGGUUUGGCCGUGCUCGUGGAUUGGCGGGCAGUACAUGAGGAGGAGGGGUUGCGGGGGAGGGAGGAGGAAGCCUGGGGAAGGAGGCGCUGGGGCUGCUGGGCUGCGUCGAUGAGGUGGUGGCGGCGGUGGCGUCGACGUGGGGUCCGAUGAGCGGCGCGGGGACCCGGGUGGAGGCGGCGCCGAGGCUCGCGCAAUGGCGCGUCGACGCGCUACCCUGCUACACCUACCGCAAGUCCGACCCCUUCCGCGUCGGCCUCUGGAACUGGUACAUAUCUGUGGAGAGAAACAACAAGCAAACUUCAGUUAAGCUCUUUGCUGAGUUAUCGAACUCUGCCAAGAACACAGCCCCGGCACCCAUAGCUUCCUUUGUAGCGAAACUUCUGAUAUCCUUCCCUCCAAAUCAGAAGAUCAUAGUUCAUCCAGGGAUCUUUGACAAGCAUCUGAAACACGACGGAUUUGUGUGGACGAUUGAUAGCAGUGUAACAGGAAGAUUUGUUAUCGAGAUAGAGUUUCUAGACCUGAAAGUUGCAGAUCCAUCUGGUGGUGAACCUGCCUCAGUUUGGGCCUCAAACGAAAUCAGGCAGUCUUCAGACAACACUGCACUGUCAUCCCUUUCAAGAAUGCUGCAAGAAGGCAUCCUAUGUGACAUCACAAUUAACGCCGAUGACGGCAGCAUAAGGGCCCACCGCGCGAUCCUGGCCGCCCGAUCACCCGUGUUUAGGAGCAUGUUCUCACAUGACCUGAAGGAGAAAGAGCUCGCCACCGUCGACAUCUCUGACAUGUCCCUCGACGCGUGCCGGGGCUUCCUCAACUACAUCUAUGGCGAUGUACGUAACGAGGAGUUCCUCACCCACAGGCUGGCCCUCCUUAGAGCCGCUGACAAAUACGACAUCGGUGAUCUGAAGGAGGCGUGCCUCGAAAGCCUGCUAGAAGACAUCGACACGAGCAACGUGAUCGAGAGGCUCCAGACAGGCCAUCUGUACCGGCUGCAGAGGCUCAAGGAUAGCUGCCUGAGGUUCCUCGUCGACUUUAGGAAGGUGUACGAGAUGCACGACGAAUUCAACAUGUUCCUUCAGACGGCGGAUAGGGAUCUGGUGGCCGAAGUGUUUCAAGGUGUCCUUGCAGCAUGGAGUGGCCGGUGACUGAGCAUAGGAUGUUGGCAUCCAUCUGGGGACUGGCUGGUGGUUUCAUUGGUGCAUUGGUUUGAUGGAUUCUUGCUGAUACAGCAUGUAAAUAGAGCUUGCGUACAAGCCAUUAUUAGUUGGCAAUAACAUUUAAUGUGUAUACCCGAUUGGAUUUUGUUCGUGUCAUAUAUCCAAUUCAUGUAUAUUAGACUCUGCAUUCUGUAACAUAUCUAGGUGAUCCUGUACACUGUAAGUCUGCAAAAAUGACAGUAAUUUUGUGAAGCCAAGUGAGCUUCCUCCCUCUU